UGACACGAGGCGGUUUAUUCCGAAACCUACGGCGAGCGGUGGCGGUUGAUGUCACCGCACCGGCGGUGCUCCGACAGACACGUAUAUAUACCAAACUCACAGUUUCCGCCAUUAUUGCAAGUCUGCAACACACAACAAAGCCUUUCGUCUUCUCCAAGCUUCUCAACUUCUCUUUAUACACAGAGGAAUAAACCUUCAGCUUCAACACUAGGCAAAGGCUCAAAGCCUUCCUUUCUCUCCAACUCUCUUUUGGUUCUCUCUUAUUUCGACAUGAGUAGAGACGACUGUUUCACGACGCAGCUGAUUGAUGCAAAUGGCAAAUUCAAUGCCGCUGGCCUUGAAAGUUUCGUCCGGAAGAUUAAGUUGGCUGAGUGUGGGCUUUCCUAUGCGGUGGUCUCUAUCAUGGGGCCUCAGAGUAGUGGGAAGAGCACAUUACUGAAUCAUCUUUUCCACACAAAUUUUAGAGAGAUGGAUGCGUACAAGGGAAGGGUUCAAACUACCAAAGGCAUUUGGGUGGCGAAGUGUGUUGGCAUUGAGCCCUGCACAAUUGCCAUGGACUUGGAGGGCACUGAUGGAAGAGAAAGAGGAGAGGAUGAUACUACUUUUGAAAAACAGAGUGCGUUAUUUGCUUUGGCAGUCUCUGAUAUUGUUUUGAUAAAUAUAUGGUGCCAUGAUAUUGGUCGAGAGCAUGCAGCAAACAGGCCUCUUCUGAAGACAGUCUUUGAGGUCAUGAUGCGGUUGUUCAGUCCUCGUAAAACAACUCUACUGUUUGUUAUACGUGACAAGACCAAGACCCCAUUUCAACAUUUGGAAUCUAUUCUAAGGGAAGAUAUUCAGAAGAUAUGGAAAGCUGUUCACAAACCAGAUUCUCUCAAGGAUACUCCCCUCAGUGAAUUUUUUAAUGUGGAAAUCUUUGCUUUGUCAAGCUACGAAGAGAAAGAAAGGAAGUUUAAAGAAGAGGUUGCUCAACUGAGGCAACGGUUUUUUCGUUCUAUUUCUCCUGGAGGAAUAGCAGGUGAUCGACGAGGUGUUAUCCCUGCUUCAGGAUUUUCUUUCAGUGCACAGCAAAUAUGGAAAGUAAUAAAGGAAAACAAGGACCUGAACCUCCCUGCCCACAAGGUAAUGGUUGCCAGUGUGCGAUGUGAAGAGAUCGCCAAUGAGAAGUUUAGUCACUUAACCACCGAUGAGAGGUGGUUGACAUUAGAAGCAGCAGUAAAAAAGGGUCCUGUGUGGGGCUUUGGGAAAAAGCUGAGCUCUAUCUUAGAAUUCUAUUUCAACGAAUACGAUACUGAGGCAGCAUUUUUUGAUGAGGAAGUGACAAAAGCUAAACGAAACCAACUGGUAUCAAGAGUAUUGGAGUUUGUUUAUCCUUCCUAUGUUGCCAUGUUGGGGCAUCUGCGAUUUAAAACCUUUGAGGAUUUCAAAAAAAGACUUGAACAGUCUAUGAAUGAUGGAGAAGGAUUUGCAUCAACUGUUCGCAAGUGCACCAAAAUUUGCAUGCUUGAGUUUGACCAAGGAUCUGCAGAUGCUGCUGUGCAGCAAGCGGAUUGGAACCCUUCAAAAUUCCGGGAGAAACUAUGUCAGGAUAUUGAUAGGCAUGCAUUAUCUAUUCAAAAUGAAAAGCUUUCAGGAAUGAUAGCCAGCUACGAGAAACGGCUUACUGAAGCCCUGAGUCAACCAGUAAGAUCUCUACUUGAAGCUAGUGGGAAGGAUGCCUGGGCUUCAAUAAGAAAGAUUCUUCAACAAGAGACUGAAAUUACCAUAUCAAAGUUUUCAGCUGAUAUUGCUGGCUUUGAGUUGGAUAAAGAAAAAGUUGACAAUAUGGUCCAAAAUCUAAGGAACCAUGGUAGAAAUGUGGUGGAAAACAGAGCAAGAGAAGAAGCAAACAAGGUUCUAAUGCACAUGAAGGAUAGGUUUUCAACCGUCUUUAAUCAUGACAACAAUUCAUUACCUAGGACCUGGACUGGGGAGGAAGAUAUUAAAACUAUUACUAAAGACGCCCGUGCAGCAUCCUUGAAAAUUUUAUCCGUUUUGGUUGCUAUACGUUUAGACGAGAAACCAGAUACGAUUGAGAAUAUUCUCACAUCAUCUUUGAUGAACGAAGGUGUUGCAAGUUCUGGAUCUUCUUUUGAUCUUCUUGCCUCAAGUACAUGGGAGAAGGUUUCGGAAAACGAUACUCUGAUUACACCUGUGCAAUGCAAGUCCUUGUGGAGGCAGUUCAAAGCAGAGACCGAAUAUAUGGUUACUCAAGCUAUAACAGCACAGGAGGCUUAUAAGAGGAGAAACAACUGGCUGCCUCCUCCAUGGGCAAUUCUGGCAAUGUUUAUUCUCGGCUUCAAUGAAAUUAUGCUUUUAUUAAGGAAUCCACUCUAUUUCGUCAUUAUAUUUGUGGUAUAUCUGCUCUCGAAGGCUCUAUGGAUUCAAAUGGACAUAGGAAGAGCAUUCCAAAGUGGGCCAUUCGUAGGACUUCUUUCCAUUUCAUCUCAGUUGCUUCCAUCUAUUAUGAACCUUCUUAAAAGACUUACUGAAGAAGCUCAUGUAUAUACAAAUCCUCAACCAACAAUACCUGCAAGCUCUCAUAGUUUCAGGAGUCAGACACUUCAAUCGAAUCCUGAUACUAAUACAAUUCUGGACCCAUCAGCUGCAACCAUUGUCGAGUCAGCGGAAUCAUCUAAUGUUCACUCAUGCUCCGACGACGAAAUAGAAUACUCGAGCCCAAAUGUGGCGCACCAAAAGCCUCCGAAAAUCUGAUUGGUUCUAAUGAUUGGGCCGGAUGGAAGUAUCGAUGUAUGCAGGUAUAAGAAUAGUUUUGGAAUGGGAAGUGUUGUAAAGCUGGAAGCGGUGAACGUUAUAAAACAGCAUGAUCUUAGGACAUGCAUUGUAAUACGCAUAUUAUGUCCUGUACAAAAUAUAUAUGUAUAUACAAAUGCCUCAGGGUAUGUAUCUCAUAAUAGGUAUACAUAUACAAUGUUUUAAGCCAAAUCUAUCCGCCAUUUUAGAAUUUAA